CAUGCAGUACGAGUAAUACAGGAGGGAAGGAGAUCGAAGAAAAUGGCAGAAUCACCAUCGCCAUCAUUGUCGUUGAUGGAUAGUCUUCUGGGUUUGCUCAGAAUUCGCAUCAAACGCGGCGUCAACCUCGCCGUUCGUGAUGUUCGUAGCAGCGAUCCAUAUGUCGUCGUCAAGAUGGGCAGACAGAAACUGAAGACUCGUAUAAUAAACAAGGAUGUUAAUCCAGAGUGGAAUGAGGAUUUAACUCUUUCUGUUACAGAUCCUAAUCUUCCAGUCAAGCUGACUGUGUAUGAUCAUGACACAUUUAGCAAAGAUGAUAAAAUGGGAGAUGCAGAGAUUAGUAUCAAAGCAUUCAUAGAGGCCUUAAGGAUGAAUGUGGGAGGACUUCCUAAUGGUACCAUAAUCACAAGAGAACAACCUAGCAGGCAAAAUUGCUUGGCUGAAGAAAGCUGCGUCUCCUAUACUGACGGUAAGGUGAUUCAAGAUAUGUGCCUCAGAUUAAGAAAUGUAGAAUGUGGUGAAGUGGAAAUCCAACUCCAAUGGAUUGACCUUCCUGGUUCCAAGGGUUUAUAAAAAAAUAGAUUUUUCUUGUUUAGACUCAGUCCAUCAUAUACUCAAUAUCUAUAAAUUCAUAUGUUUUUAUCUUGAAUUUAUGAUGAACUAAGUCCACGCAAGAAUUUCCCAAAAAAGGCUAUCCAUUUAUGGACCUUUGUUGCAUAUGAUGAGUUGGGGGCUGGUUUCAAGCAUCCACCACCAGUUGUACUGCUAGUUUAAUUCAUGGUGGGGUUGCUUUGUUUAUAGUUUUGGUUUAAAAGCUUACCUUGUAUGUAGGAUUUGGCAAUUUUGGUUCUUUAUCAUCUUCUUGAAUAUUACAAGUUCAAUGUGCAGUUCUGCUUUGUGCUGGAAA